UAGUAUUUCCCUUAAAAGACAAGACAGUAAAGUGAAUCAGUCCCUUUGGGUGCAGAGAAGAGAGAACCCCGGAGGAAGAUUCUAAUUGGCAAUCCUGUCUUACCAUGAGACUUUCUCUGCUACUUUCUGGUAUCUUGCUUGGGCUGCUGGCAGACCAGGGGGCAGGGGAUAAGUGUCCCCAGAAGAAGUCUGUUACACUGGUACCAUCAUUCACGGUGACGACCAUAGCCACAGAGAGGAGUACCACCCGUCCUGAAACCACCACAAGACAUGGGAGGACAGCCACAACCCACAGGACCUCCACAGCUGCCACUACCCCCCACAGUAACAGAACUGCUACCAGUUAUCCAAGCACGAGUGAAGGAACAGCCAUCACUCAUGGAACUACCACAAGCCCCAGAAACACCUCAACCAUCAGGCCAUCACAAUCUGUGCCAGUCCCACCUUCUCCCAAACCCACCUCUGGCCCCAGUGGGACUGUUGGAGACUACACUGGGGCCAAUGGUUCCCAGCUCUGUGUUCGCCUCCGGGCUCAGAUCCAGAUGAGGGUCCUGUACCAGAGCCACGGUGGAGGAAAGCUUUGGGGCAUUUUUGUCCUGAACCCCAAUAGAACAGUUGCUCAGGGCAGCUGUGAGGGGAACCAUUCCAGCCUAAUUCUCUCUUUUCCUGAUGGAAAACUCAUCUUUGGUUUCAAGCAGGACUCAGUCAAGAAAACUGUCUACCUGAGCUGCUUGGUAACAGAGUUCAAUGUGUCCUUCCCUUCCGCAACCCGGUGGACAUUCUCAGCAGAGAAUUCAUCACUCCAUGAUCUCCAAGCACCACUGGGUCAUAGCUUCAGUUGUAGAAAUAGAAGUAUAGAACUCUCCCCAGACGUCCACCUUGACUUGCUAUCUCUGCAGCUACAAGCAGCUCAGCUACCCCGGACUGGAGCCUUCGGCCCAGCUUUCUCCUGUUCUGCUGAACUCAACAUCCUAGUGCCUCUUGUGGUGGGUCUUAUCCUCCUCACUCUACUCAUCCUUGUGCUUAGUGCCUUCUGCAUCUCUAGAAGACGCCCACCAGCCUACCAGCCUCUCUGAAAGCUUCCGAUUCCCUCAUUUCCUUCAUGCCGGGGAUAUCUCACCCCAAGGUGACUCCUCUCUUCUUUUUCCAUUUUCUCUACCUUGUUAGUUCUAGGAUAGAUCUGCAAUUCCCCUCCACCUUUGGGCGGGGGGAGGAGGAGUUGGGGGGGUUGGGAGGAGACUUCAGAAGACAAAAUGAGAGACAUUGUGGGCAAUGAGAGCCUUUAUUGGGUUUGGCAGAGGUACCUUCCUAGAAGCAUAGAGAUACAUGCAUUUUCCUUAACUUCUUCUCCACUUCUGCAAUGAUUAAAGAUCACAAUUGCUUUGCCUUA